AUGCAGAUGCCGAAUCCAGGAGGGGAUAUACGAUACCCUGAGGCCGAGGCCGCAAAGGUUGGUACUGGCCCAGAAGUCAUGGGUGUGCCCGUGGCGAGUAAAGUCUAUUAUGCGUCGCCGCCUCUGGUAACUCAGACCCCCAUGGAGGUCCAUCUCCCCCAACGGGAUUGGAAGUACGGUACCUGUCACUGCUGUCAGGACUGCUCGCCGUGCGUGGAGGCCUGGUGCUGUUAUUACUGCCAGCUUUCCCGACAGUACAACGUGGUGGUUCAGCGCGGUGGACCCACCAUAGACGGGAUGAUCUGCUUGGCCGCAUACUGUGGGGAUUACUUUUGCGGUGGUAUUGUUUCCCCAAUUUUACAUUGUUCGAUGCGCACCAAACUCCGGGAAAGCCUCAACAUCCGGGGCACGGUUGUUGAUGACUUCUGUUGCGCCUUGUGCUGCGGGUCCUGCACUCUGCAGCAGUCUUUGAUGGAGAUGACAGCGGUGGGCAUGUUCCCCGGCGCCUGCUGCUAUGAAGCACCUCCCGAUUGUGUGGCGAUGCAGUAG